GUAAAAUGUCAAACCGAAAAACUUUCCGAGUUGGUUCUAGGAAAAGUCAGUUAGCCCUGAUACAGACAAACUCUGUUAUAGACGCUUUGAAGAAAGUCACUCAGGAUGUUGACUUUGAAAUUGUGUCCAUGUCUACAACUGGUGACAAAAUACUGGAUAUUGCUUUAUCAAAGAUUGGAGAAAAGAAUCUCUUCACAAGAGAGUUGGAAGUUGCCUUAGAAACUAAACAAGUUGACAUGGUUGUACAUUCAUUGAAAGACUUGCCCACUACCUUGCCUGAAGGAUUAAUGAUAGGAAGUGUGUGCAAAAGGGACAGUCCUUAUGAUGCUGUUGUAAUGCAUCCUAAACAUAAAGGCAAACAAAUACAAGAUUUAAAAGACGGAAGUGUGAUUGGGACCAGUUCUUUGAGAAGACAAUCACAGCUACAGAGGAAAUACCCAGGCCUUACAUUUGAGAGCAUUAGAGGUAACCUGAAUACCAGACUUAGAAAAUUAGAUGAAGAUGGAAAAUAUGAUGCUAUCAUCUUAGCUGAAGCAGGACUGAUUAGGAUGGGCUGGGAAGAUAGAGUUUCUCAGAUUUUAUCUGCUGACGUCUGUAUGUAUGCUGUUAGUCAGGGUGCCAAGGCUGUGGAAUGUAGAGCUGAUGACACAGAUACACUAAACCUUCUGGCACAUAUACAUGACCCAGAUACAACCAUGGCAUGCAUUGCUGAAAGAGCUUUCUUAAGAACUCUGGAAGGAGGUUGUAGUGUACCUGUAGCUGUUUGUACAGAAAUAAAAGAUUCAAAGUUGUCUAUAACAGGAGGUGUAUUCAGCGUAGAUGGUAAACAAUGUGUUCAGGACAGUGUUGACAGAGAUCUGUCUGAAAUCAUUGAACCUCCAAAGAAAAAGAUGCGUACAACAAAAGGAGUACAACAAUACAUAUCAAUAGCAGAACACUCAGACAUAUCCCACAAUGCAUUAGAUGCUAUCAUGGCAGCAGGAGUUGAAUUGGCCAAAAAGAUCUUGACACCAGAGGGUGCUGCAAUACUAAAAAAAGCUAAAGAAGACACAGCCAUGGCAGUAAUGGAAGAAAAAAGAAAGAAAGAAUUAAUCAAAGCUGUUGAAAGUGGAUCUGUGAAAUAAUAAUAUAUUUUCUAUUUAUUACAAACUUUUACAAGACGUUAUGAAUAGAUGGAUGUUUUACCUCCAGUGGGGCAAAUUUUCAGCCAUUUUCAGAAGAAUAACAUGUUUGCAAUAUGACGAUGAUCACUACUUGAAGUUGACUGAUUGAUUUGCCUAGCCUGCUUGCCAACAAAGUCAAAGUCUGCAGGAAGACAUUCCAAACCGCCUUGACACAUUAUUCUGAAUCUGAGCAAGAAAUACAAGUUUUAAAGUCUUCUGUUUGACCCAUUCUGGAUUAUAUCCAUGACCUUCAUUAUUCUGAGCGAGGAAGCUAUAGAGGAAAUACAUGAGGGGCUGGAUGGGGAUUAUAGAAUAAAAAAUAAUGUGACAAAUCUACAGAAAAAUGGGCAAAAAAAAUAAAGAAU